ACACAAACUAGUGACGACAACGCCGUUUUCAUUUUCACCAAAGGGCGAGUACACGUAAUUGAACGUUGUCCGCUGAUGAGCGAACACGUAACGGACGUAACACGCAGUUGGAGAUACUUGACAUGUGCGGUUAACUACAGAGAAGGUUUUGAUAUAGUGAAACAUAUUUUAAUAGGCUACCAAGACAUCAGGGAUCUGCAGCCCGCGAGGAAAGCGGUGCCGAACAAGAACUGUGGCAGUCGUUGGCCUGAAAUCCACAACACAGACUGCCUUAGUAACUGUUAACGGACUUUAUACUGUGGCUGUGGUGUGUGAAAAACGCACAUGUUAGUCUGACGCCAGCAAUGAGAUGUAGCCGCCUAUCUUACUGUUAAUAACUACACAUCGGGUUCGUCUGCGGCGGAUCGACAUAUUUCCAAUAUAAACCUGUAUUUAUGGCUACUACCAUGGCAGAAAUUAAUGUGACGAAGAAAGACAUUCAGAAAUCAAUGUUGGCGUACACAGACCGUGCGCGUGAGAUUUCUCACCAAAGACUCUUAUCUUCAGUUCGUUCACCUACCCUGGUGAACGACGACGCCUUUCAAUACAGUUUUAAAGUUGCCAAUUUAAACCGCGUUAGCCGGUCCGAAGAGAUACCAUCUGAGUCGCCGGACCCGGAUGUAAGGAUUGAACCACUGUAUCGAUCAGCAAGCACGUGUACCCUGAGAACCGAUCUACCCGAUUCACGGACACACCCAGAGAUUUGGCGGAAGCCAUUUCUUCCCGCCAUCGACCAGAAGUCGUCACAGUCAUUCAGCAUGUCGGAACUCUUUAAUUCAAUGACAUCAGUGUCCAACAGCAUUAGGCGACAACGGAACCGCGGCGGUUCGCGUAUUGAAAUCGUCGACAUUUUGCCUUAUCCAGACUUCGAUGUCGACUCACAAUAUUCUACCCCUAGAGUAGUUAAACCGAUGUCCUUGCAGAACUCCCCGAUGCUCAAUUUUGGUAAAAAAAGAAACUUUUAUUCAAAGAAGAAUACGAAAAGACCGCCUACCCCGCCAAGAAUAAGUCAUAAACAGCUGAGGAAAAGACGCGCUAAGAAGAAAAAACGCAAGGGAGCUUCAGGAAAAGACGAUGCCAAGAAAUUCCCCAUCAAAAAACAGUUUCUUUGGUCUGAACUGAUGGAGCAAGAACUGAAAAGCUACAUUCCUGAGCGACAACCAGGUAGCAAUUUAAAACCAAUGUACAAACGAACACCAGAGGGCGAUAUUUACAUACCUGAAUGGCCGAUUGAAAUCGGAUUAGAAAAACUUGUCACGAGAAACAUGGAAUCGCCAGCUGAAAAACAGCUUAGCGGGGCUUAUGCCGACGAAAUCAAGGCAUUAAUGGAGCGAAAUGCCAGAAAAAAGAUUGAACGUGAGGCAGCGGCAGCAAAGAAAAAAGCUAAAAAGAAAGUGAAAUUUGUUCUUCCUAAAGGUUAUGUGAGUAACCGAGAUAGUGAUAGCAGUAGCGAAGGCAGUGAUGAAGAAUAUGAUUUGGAUGAAGAGAUCUCGCAAGAAAUAUCCAGCAAGACUAAGGAUAGUGGCUCAAACGAAAGCCCCCCGAGUAACGAAGAAUCAUUAUUAACGGGGAUUCGCGACGGAGAAUCGGGGAGCGACGGGUCCCGCUCAAAUGGAGCGGAGAAUGGCAAUCCGUCGCCGCGGAGUUCGGACACGCCGAACAAGGAUGGGAGAACGUUCACCCCUUCCUCCAUAGUCGUGGAGCUGAAAUCAGUUGAACCUGUGGAACUUCCUAUAUCCGCAAAUUCGAGAUUGUCAUCAAAGAAUGAGCUUGACAUGACAUGA